AUUUCAAAACCCUCAACGGUCGAAAACACUCUCAAAACCUAAUCCCCCUCGCCCACACUUUGCUUCCUCCAAAUCCGAUUCCUCUGCCACCCCUUCCUUCCCCAAGAACCCCCUCAAGAAUCAUCGACCCGCCAACCCAAGAAGAAAGAAUCUACGGAUCCUGCUUCGCGUCGCCUUGCUGGGAUCCAAAAAGAUGAGUGUUCUUGAGUACCCAGAUGCGAUGGACGCACCCGAGCUUCAGAUAUGGAACAACGCCGCCUUCGACAAUGGAGAAUCCGAAGAUUCUGCCGCCGCUGUCGCCCUCAAGGCCUCCUGGUCUUCCGUCAACCCCGUCUUCGUGAAGCUCUCUGAAUCGCUUGAGUCGGACGAUUUCAGCAAAGAAAACCGGAGUCCCGAGUGUGCCAAUUCCCAGAUUUCGCUCAAAUCCUCCAUCCCUUCGAAGCUCCAGUCGAAGCAGAGCGUCCUGGAGCCUCUGUCGACCAAAGCCAAAGAUCCAGAAGACAAGGGCAGGACCAUCGAUGCGGAGAUUCAGGAGUUAGAGAAGGAGAUUUCGCGCUUGUCGUCGAGGCUCGAGGCGCUUCGCCUCGAGAAGGCCAAAACGGGGGAUGAGAAAAAGCCCCGUGGGAGAGUGGUUGCAGCCAAGUUCAUGGAGCCGAAACAAGUGGGGAUCGGAAGGGAUCCGGAUGCGGCGAAGAGGAUCGAGGAAACUCCACUGUCGAGCGCAAAGCCGAAAUUGAACCGAAGAGGACUCAGUUUGGGGCCGGCCGAGAUUGCUUCAAGCGCUGUCAAAUCACGGCCCUCCAUCAAGGGAGAGAUCACUCCCGCACUGUCGAUACAGAACCGGAGGAAAUCAUGCUUCUGGAAGCUCGAGGAGAUCGAUGAAUUGAAAGUCACGAAGGAGAGAAGGAAGAGCAUAAGCGCGACCACAAGCCCAGGUAAUGCGCGCAAAACAUUCCCCAAAAUUCAACCUCAAAAGCAAGCCGCGACGACGGCAGCAUCUAGGAGGUUCACGAAGAAGGAAGAAGCAAUAAUUGCCUCGAUCCAGCCCAAACGCCUAUUCAAAGACGGAGAGAAAUCUGUGCCCACAAAGAAGCCAGGAAAGCCGGGUCGGGUUGUGGCCAGCCGGUACAGCCAGAUCACUAUGAGCGCCGCGAGGAAGAGGUCAUUCCCAGAAAAUAACAACAAGGAUGAGGGCGAGAGGGUCGACAAAAGGCGAGCUUCGGCGGGAUUGAAUACUCAGGGGAACGAGAGCAAAGUGAAGAAGAAGUGGGAGAUUCCGAGCGAAUUAGUAGUCUAUGAAAGUAAGAAGGACGAUUCAGCAGCAGAGGCGAUGCAGACCCCAUCGUCGAUCGGGAGGAUAAGCAACAUGUUGCCGAAGAUAACGGCGGUGAGGUUCGUGAAUGAGAGCCCAAGGGACUCGGGAGCUGCGAGGAGAGUGGCUGAUUUGGUCGGGAGGAGGAAUUAUUUCGGCGGCGGUGGCAAUGUGGAGGAGGUGGAGCUGCAGAUGCCAUUUUGUCCGGCUUUGAGCUUCAUACAAGAUGAUGAAUGAACAAAGGGGAAGCUGAGUUUUUUUUUUUCCUUUUACUUGGGUUAUUUUCGGGUGAAUUCUGGAGUUUUACUGGUUCAAAGGACAGCUCCAAACAUAACUCUUGUUAUGCUUUGGCUUCUGCUGUGUCGGUACGGGGUUUGUAGUUAAAAGAGAUUGGCUGUCUUUGUCAGUACCAUACCAUAUUAGGCAAUAAUGAUUGGGAUGGUGCUCCUCUUGCUU